AUGCGGAUAUCGGGGCUCGUGGCCUCGAUCCUCGGAGUGGGCUUCCUUGCCUUUCAGCCGUCAUUAGUUGGCGCACAGGGUGAAACCGAGAUCCACGAGGCAGGCCGAUGCGCGAUACGAGGGAACUGUGGGAAAAAGUCAUUCUUCGGUGGUGAGCUUCCCUGCCCGGACAAUGGGCUGGCACAUCAACCGGAGGAUUCAGUACGGCAGAAACUAGUGAAUCUCUGUGGUUCGAAAUGGAAGGAGGGCCCGGUUUGCUGUCUUGAUGCGCAGAUUGACGCACUUUCAAGCAAUUUGAAGCUCGCCGAAGGCAUUAUCGCGUCCUGUCCCGCCUGUCGAGAGAAUUUUUUCAAUACAUUUUGCACGUUUACCUGCUCACCCGAUCAAUCACUAUUCAUAAAUGUCACGGAAACUGAAAAGGGCAGCUCUGGCAAGACACUUGUCACUGAAGUUGAUAACAUUUGGUCGGAAAUCUCACAAAGUGGCUUCUUUGAUAGCUGCAAGGAUGUCAAGAAUGGCGCGUCUGGUGGGAAAGCGAUUGACUUUAUCGGUGGAGGUGCUAAGGACUAUCACCAAUUCAUGAAGUUCUUGGGCGAUAAAAAGCUACUCGGCAGCCCAUUUCAGAUCAAUUAUCUCACCGAGCCCCGCGGUUCCGAUGCACAGGGGAUGGAGGCUGUUUCAAUCAAGCCUAAGGCUUGUAACGACCCUGACCAGACCUACCGUUGUUCUUGUGUGGACUGUCCUGAUGUGUGUCCCGAGUUACCUGCUGUGUCUACACGUGAGGCAUGCUAUGUGGGACUUCUACCGUGCCUCUCCUUUGCCGUUAUCAUUGUCUACUCUGCAUUCUUACUUUUGGUGAUGGGUCUGGCAAGUUAUGUCACCUACAAGGAACGUCGCUUCCGCAAACCUGAAAGGGUUCGUCUUCUUCAAGACCCCUCGCCCAGUGAUGACGAGGACGAAGGAGAGGUUGUGCAUCGCGGGGGCUACAUGGAACAGCCGCAAGGCGUAUAUAAGUUAAACUCCUGGCUAUCAGCCAUGUUUUACCGUAUUGGUGGUGCAUGUGCGCGCUUUCCAGGUAUCACGAUUGGCUCCAGCAUUAUUGCAGUGCUCUUGUUGAGCCUGGGUUGGCUGCGUUUCACAGUCGAAACUGAUCCAGUUCGCCUUUGGGUUAGCCCCUCAUCUGCGGCGGCCCAAGAGAAGACAUUCUUCGAUGACAAUUUCGGCCCAUUCUACCGAGCUGAGCAAGCCUUUCUGGUGAAUGAAACGGGUCCAGUAUUGAGUUACGAAACCUUAUCGUGGUGGUUCGGUGUUGAGUCACGCGUAAGACGUGUGUUUUCUCUUGAACAGGGCCUACUCUUGGAUGAUGUUUGUUUCAAGCCCACUGGCGAUGCCUGUGUAGUGCAAUCUCUCACCGGAUAUUUCAGUGGUUCUGUCUUUAACCUUGACCCUAACACUUGGAGAGACCGCAUCGUUCAUUGCACUGAUUCGCCUGGUGACGUGAGCUGUCUUCCUGACUUUAAACAGCCUUUGAAGCCAGAAAUGAUUCUUGGUGGAUAUGAUGAAUCAAACAAUGUCCUGGAUGCCCAGGCUCUGGUUGUCACUUGGGUAGUAAACAACUUUGCCCAAGGCUCCGAGGAGGAGAAAAGGGCCAUUGAAUGGGAGCAAGUCCUUCAAAGCGUGAUGAAUGCCGUCCAGGAGGAGGCCGCUGACCGUGGACUUCGGGUCUCCUUCAAUACCGAGGUCAGCUUGGAACAAGAGCUUAACAAAUCCACCAAUACAGAUGCCAAGAUUGUCGUGAUUAGCUACAUUAUCAUGUUCAUCUAUGCGUCUCUCGCCCUGGGAUCGGUUACCGUCACCUGGAAGUCCCUUCUAACCAACCCUGCCAAUGCCCUUGUCCAAUCUAAGUUUACCCUGGGAAUUGCAGGGAUUGUGAUCGUUUUGAUGUCAGUGUCUGCUUCCGUAGGUCUAUUCUCAGCUGCGGGCGUGAAGGUGACUUUGAUCAUCGCCGAAGUCAUUCCAUUCUUGGUUCUCGCUGUGGGUGUGGACAAUAUCUUUUUGAUUGUACAUGAAUUUGAGCGAGUCAAUUUCAGCCACCCUGAUGAUGAAAUUGAUGAGAGAGUUGCCCGUGCAGUGGGAAGAAUCGGGCCCAGCAUUUUCCUCUCAGCCUUGACCGAGACUGUGGCAUUUGGCCUAGGUGCAUUUGUCAGCAUGCCUGCGGUCAAAAACUUUGCGGCAUAUGCAGCUGGUGCCGUCUUUAUCAAUGCCAUUCUACAAGUGACCGUGUUCAUCUCCGUUUUAGCCCUCAAUCAGCGACGGGUUCAAAGUCUGCGAGCCGACUGCUUCCCAUGUUUCACCGUGCGGAAGGCGAACUCGAACGGGUUAUCUGAUGACCAGAUCUUUGAUGAUCAGGAGGCAGAGAGCGCUCUGCAGACUUUUAUCCGCCGUGUAUAUGCUCCCUUCAUUCUUGACCGGAGGGUUAAAGCGGCCGUUGUGAUUAUCUUCUUGGGACUCCUGACCGCAGGUCUGGCCUUGAUUCCAAAGGUACCCCUUGGGUUGGACCAACGAAUCGCGCUCCCUAGUGACUCAUACCUUAUCCCCUAUUUCAAUGACUUGGAUUCUUACUUCCGCACCGGUCCACCAGUAUACUUCGUGACUCGCGGUGUCAACGUGACGGAGCGGAAUCAUCAGCAACAACUAUGUGGGCGAUUCACCUCAUGUGAGGAGUUUUCUCUGCCAUUUGUGCUGGAGCAGGAAUCUAAGAGACCUAAUGUCUCCUACAUUUCUGGAUCCGCUGCCAGCUGGCUCGAUGACUUCUUGUACUGGUUGAACCCCCAACAGGACUGCUGUAAGGAAGAUGGCAAGCUCUGUUUUGAAGGCCGUGUGCCAGCAUGGAAUCUCACUCUUCAUGGAAUGCCAACAGGGCCGGAAUUUAUCCAUUAUGCUCAGAAGUGGAUCGAUGCGCCUACCGACGCUUCAUGUCCCCUUGGUGGGAAAGCCCCCUACAGCGCUGCUCUGGUUAUUGAUGAGGAACAUACCAUGAUCAACGCCAGUCACUUCCGGACAAGUCAUAUUCCCUUGCGAAGCCAAAAUGACUUCAUUCAAGCAUAUAUUGCAGCUCGCCGGAUCGCUGAUGGGCUAUCUGAGGAGCACAACAUUGACAUAUUCCCCUACUCAAAGUUUUAUAUUUUCUUUGAUCAGUAUGUCUCUAUCGUCCAAGUGACUGGUACCCUUUUGGGAUCUGCUGUUGCCAUAAUCUUUGUCCUGACCUCUGUCAUCCUGGGUUCGAUCGCGACGGGUGCCGUUAUCACCACGACGGUGGUCAUGACGGUAGUCGACAUCAUUGGAACCAUGGCUAUCGCCGGGGUCUCCCUGAAUGCCGUCUCCUUGGUAAACUUGGUGAUCUGUGUCGGUAUUGGCGUGGAGUUCUGCGCUCAUAUUGCACGAGCAUUCAUGUUCCCCUCACGCACCCUGCUAGCGAAGGCCCCGGUCAAGUUCCGGGGUAAGGAUGCUCGUGCCUGGACCGCUUUAGUCAAUGUCGGCGGAAGCGUCUUCAGCGGCAUCACUGUUACCAAGCUAUUGGGAGUCUGUGUUCUCGCCUUCACUCGAAGUAAGAUCUUUGAGAUAUAUUACUUCCGUGUCUGGUUGGCGCUAGUUGUGUUUGCUGCCAUCCAUGCUCUCAUCUUCCUUCCCGUGGCUCUCAGCUAUUUUGGCGGCGGAGGAUAUUUUGACCCGGCCUCCGACGGUGGCCUAGAGGCUAAUCUUGCCUCACGGGGUUAUCGGUCUUCUCUGAUUUAUGAUGAACAUGACGAUUACCAGUCUGACGAAUACUAA